AUGGAGAGGAAUACCACAUAUUUUAGGAACUUAUUGGAGGGCUCUCUGCUGGAAGACAUCAAGCCAUUGAGUGGGGACCUCAACAAGUCUAUUCUCCACACCCGAGAUGAAGAACUUGCUAAGGUUGAGAUUGGUAUUCUGGCUGCUAUCUUGGUGGUGACUGUGGUGGGAAACCUGGGUAUCCUUCUGGCCAUGUAUCGCCUUCGGAAGAAGAUGAGCCGGGUGCACCUUUUCAUUCUUCACCUGGGACUGACAGACCUUGGGGUGGCCCUCUUCCAGGUAUUUCCCCAGAUGAUUUGGGAAAUGACCUAUCGUUUCCAGGGUCCUGAUCCACUCUGCAAGGUUGUCAAGUACCUGCAGGUGCUAAGCAUGUUUGCCUCCACAUACAUGCUUAUUGCCAUGACACUGGAUCGCUACAUGGCUGUGUGCUACCCACUGCGUACUCUACGGCAGCCAACCUGCCAGGCAUAUCUAAUGGUUGGAGUCACUUGGCUACUAAGUUGCUUGCUUAGCAUACCUCAGCUCUUCAUCUUCUCAGUAAGGGAAGUCCGCCAAGGUUCUGGUCUGCUGGAUUGCUGGGCAGAGUUCAAAUACCCUUGGGGAGUCAAGGUGUAUAUUACAUGGAUGACUUUGUGCGUCUUUGUACUGCCGGUGGUUAUCCUCUCUGUUUGUUAUGGCCUGAUCUGUCAUAAGAUCUGCAAGAAUCUUAGAGGAAAGACUCAAAGAUGUGGUCUCUCUGCAGCAGAUGCUAUCUCAUACAUAGCCACUGAUCAGAAUGGAGCAGAAGGGUACCAUUCUGGGUCUCGGGUUAGCAGUGUGCGUACCAUAUCUCGUGCCAAGAUCCGCACAGUAAAGAUGACUUUUGUCAUAGUGAUGGCCUAUGUUGCUUGUUGGGCACCUUUCUUCAGUGUACAGAUGUGGACAGUGUGGGAUAAGAAUGCACCCAAUGAUGAGUCAAGCGAUGUGACUUUUACCAUCACCAUGUUGCUGGCCAGCCUUAGCAGCUGCUCUAAUCCCUGGAUUUACAUGUUUUUCAGUGGGCAUCUCUUUUAUGGUGUCCUCCACUUUUUCUCCUGCUGCGGCAAUCUCCGGUCCAAUCUCAGGCGGCAGCUGUCCAAUGGCAGCGUCUGCAGCCGUAAAACUACCAUCUUGAGCCACAGUCCUCAGAGCACCCCAGAUCCGAAUGCUGCUGGGAUCCAGAUGCAAGUGGCAAAUAUGAAAGAAUUCUACCAACCUUACGAAGAUACAGUGAUUGAUUCAGGGACACUUUAA